CUUCUCCAUUUUGAUACGGAAAACAAAGUCUCAUCCCUUAUCCAAAACAAAAAAUGCAACCUAAUCCGAAAAAACGUCACCGUUCCACUAACCACCGCAACUGGUCCUCUAACAGUAGCACCGACGCUCGCAACACCUCCCCUACUGCCCCCUUAAUCGAUUCCUUACUAGAUAAAACCGUCACCGAAACCUCCCAAAAACCCCACCGCACCUCCUCUUCCUCCACCACCGUCGCAUUCAACGACCCGACCACCGCUGCAUUCAACGAUCCGACCACCGCUGAUGUAAUCCUCAACCUUCAUUUAGACUCCACAACUUCAUCCACCGACGAUUCGUUGUCCUCCUCCUCCCUCGAUAACACUCAAAACGACGACGUAUUGGAACCGAUCUAUCUCCACUCUCAUAUCCUCACCGGCGCCAAAUAUUUCUCCGCUUUAUUAUCCGAUCGCUGGCAACAUGACACAAUUACAAAUAUAACCUCCGUCAACUUAACCAUACCACAAAACUCCAUUGAUGAUUAUUUAACCGUGCUCAAACUUCUCUACACUCAGGAUUUUACCGCGGUAAUUAAUUCCGUAUCAACAGCUCUCGAUAUUUUACCCGUUGCUUCACAGUUGCUGUUCGAAGAUUGCGUUAAAAAUUGCCUGAAAUUUCUGGAAGCAGUGCCGUGGAGCGAAGAAGAGGAGAAUCGUGUGAUUAAUUUGAUUCCAUUUAUCAACAAAGAUGAAUCGGAUUUACUGCUCGCUAGGGUUAGGGUUUCGGUAGCAGAAACGGAGGGAAAUAAGGAAAAUAAUAAUGAUAAUGAUAAUUCGUGCGAGAAAAUGCUUCGCGGAUUGAUUUAUGCUGCUAUGCAUAACCAUUCAAAUUCGGCAUUUGUGAAAGCAUUUGUAGCUAAGCUUUUGAGAGAUUUUCCGUCUCGUGAGUCGGCGAAAACUGUGUUGGAUGGAGCAUUUGUGGAGAGUUUGACGAUUGUGAAGGGGUCGUUAGAGGAUUAUGCGAGUCCUGAUUUUAGAUUAGGUGGUGUAGGAGGGGAUUAUACUGAGACAGAAGCUAUUCAGAGGUUGAAUUUGCAUACAGCAUUGACUGUUGGGAAACAUUUGCUGUGGUUGGUGGAGAGGAUGCUUGAGUUGAGAGUAGCGGAUAAUGCGGUGAUAGAAUGGAGCGAACAGAGUGGUUUUACGAGUGAUUUGCAGCGUGCGUUUAGAGAUGAUGCUUGGAGGAACUUCGUUCCUGGUCUUCCUGCUGUUAUGCUUCGUUGUACUGCUAAACUCGCGAAUGCUGUUGCUUGUGGAACUAUUUUGGCUGCUAGACAGGUGAGAAUGAAGCUUGUAAAGGACUGGCUUCCCGUCCUGAUUGCAUGCAAAGAUAAUGUAUCGCCAACAUUGCCGAGUCAUAAGUCACUGUACUUAGAACUGGAAGGGACAUUCUUAAGAAUUAUCUCCACCCUGCCGAUGUCAGAUGCACAAGAGCUGCUGAAACAGUGCAUAAUCUUCUCAACUCGCAAUGUCGAAGAUUGCCCCCAUCUAAUCACUGCAUUUAACACAUGGUUCCGCCGUGCAAUGCGACCCUCAUAAGGAAACAUUUUUCAGACUGAAUGAUGCAGUGUGUGCUUAUGGCGAUAGAUGAACAAUUUACCUUGCCUGCUGCUUCACAUGGAGGUUCCGGAACAACCGUCAAUUACUGUAAAUAUUUUUUACCUAAUGCCUGUUUUUAGUUGGCUUGUUGCGUAGUUUACUCUGCAUAUUAAACCUAGACUUUGCAUCAGGAGCGAAUCUGAUUGCUUCUUGUUUUUUUCCAUUUUGGAUUUGGUUCACUAACUUCGUUAUCUUGUCAGCGACGGUGGCCUACUUCUUGUAGCUUAUUAUGCCAUGUAAUGUAAAUAGUUCUCUGGUUUGCCGCUUUGAAUGAGCAUUUCUAACAAUCUUAUUGUUGUUAA